UUGAUUUAUAACGGUUUUGAUAUCAAAUUUCCACAUUGUUUCAACGUUUGCGAAGAGCUUGAAAUUUAAAUAUCAAUGCACCGUCUUCAGUACCGUCGCACCGUUAAAAUGGUUUGCUACUGUUGAAUAAUCCAGUGUGUUAUUAAUAUACGUUGAUUACAAUCCACAUUCCAUGUGAUAUAUACUUACUAUUGUGUGCCAAUUUAAAUCGAAUACAUUCAAAUAAAAAAAACUAUGCAGUGUUUGCCAUUCGUUCGGUUGACUGUUUGGCCUGAACCGUAUCUAUGACAACGAACCGUUUACGAAAAUAAAACAACGAAAAUUUACACACAUUCUCUUCCACCAACACAAUUGACAUAUACGGAAACGUAGAAAAAACUAUUCAUCCAAAAAAUGGUUCGCAUCCAGUUUGAUAUCACGAUACCAAGCGAAUCAAUAAUGGACAACGAAACGUUUGGUAAGAAUUUUGUAAAUUUAACUGGUGCACAGUCCGGUACAUUACAAGACGUGGCUUUCAAUUUAGUUCAAGAUCGUACAAAUUCAGCACAACCAACGAAAGAACGAACAAUAUUUGUGCUUGGCAGCAAAGGGGUGGGCAAAACAUCGAUAAUAAACAAUUUCCUUGAUCGAUCUGAAACGAUUAAGCCCACAUUAGCGUUGGAAUAUUCGUUUGGACGACGAAGUGGCGGACCGGGUCAGGGCUUACAAAAACAAGUGUGCAAUGUUUGGGAAUUGGGUUCCCUUUCGAAUUCAUCGUCACUCAUGAAUGUGCCCAUUAAAUCUCAUGGUUUUGAAAAUUUUGCAUCAAUCAUUGUAUUGAAUCUAUUGUAUCCGGAUCGAUUGUGGGGUGACUUGGAGGCAGCUUUAAAUGGACUGAAACAAACGAUUACAACGUACGCAAACAAAGAAGCGUAUGAAAAAUGGCAAAAGAAUGCUGUUAAACGUGUUGGCACCAAUCACACUGAUUUACCAACAUUAGAUUUAUUUCCAUUUCCCGUUGUUAUUAUUGGCGGUUAUUAUGAUAAAUUUCAAGAUUUUGAUCCUGUAAUCAAACGGCAUGUGGGUCGAUGUUUGCGUUCAAUUGCACAUGUUAUCGGUGCAGCGCUCAUUUAUUAUUCAUCACAACAUUCGGCGCUUUCAAAAACGGUUCGUGACACAUUCAAUCAUUUUGGUUUUGGCAGUCCAACAAAACCGUUUCGGUCAACGGUUAUCGACUAUAACGAACCGCUAAUCAUAUGGUUCGGUCAGGACUCGUGGCAAUCUAUCGGCGUGGGCCCGACAAACUCAGAACGAAUUAAAGUAACUUAUGACGAACAAAUUCCGCAAGUGAAUUCAACCGAUUCAAAUACAUAUUUACCAGUUUCGAAUCCAGCCAAAGAGGGCGAUUUCCGUGAGUCAGUCAUCGAUGAAAUAAGAGCACAAAAGGAUGAAGAACUAUUGCGUUGGGUCAAAGACAAUGAAUUUCAGAAUAAAUUUCAAGCAAUUGCAACGACCAAUUGAUGAUUAAGAUAACUGCAUAUUCCGAAAUGAAGGUAGAUAAGACACGUAGUAGUAUAUCAAGAAGAAGCAAUAUCACCGAUAUAGAAAUAACGUAGAGCAAAUUAAUUAGAUUUUGUUUUUUUCUUUUUACUUUUCCGCACACACCUAGUGUGAAAGGGGAAAGUAUUGCAAUAGGUCAAAAUUUACGAAACUUCA